AUGAGCUGCGCCUCCGGGAGCGUCGUGCUCCCUGCCGGAGAGCCGCCGCGAGCCGCCGCCGCCCCGCUGGAGCUGCCGGCCGGGGCGGGGGAGGCGAGCGGGGACACCCCCGAGGAGGGCGAGGGCCGGAGCGGCGGCUCGGAGAACGGGGCCGCCGGCGGCGACAAGCCCGAGACGCGCUCGGUGUGCAGCAGCAGCGAGAGCGGCAGCGGCGGCCACGGCGGCGGGGCCGGCCCCAUCUGCAAGAUCUGCUUCCAGGGCCCCGAGCAGGGUGAAUUGUUAAACCCUUGCCGCUGCGAUGGCUCGGUACGAUACACGCAUCAGCUUUGCCUCUUAAAGUGGAUAAGUGAAAGAGGGUCAUGGACCUGUGAACUCUGCUGUUACAGAUACCAUGUUAUAGCCAUUAAAAUGAAAAAGCCUUGUCAGUGGCAAAGCAUUACUAUAACACUGGUUGAGAAAGUGCAGAUGGUUGCUGUAAUCCUAGGAUCUCUGUUCUUAGUAGCAAGUGUGACUUGGCUUCUAUGGUCAGCCUUCAGCCCUUAUGCAGUAUGGCAAAGAAAGGACAUCCUUUUUCAAAUCUGCUAUGGAAUGUAUGGUUUUAUGGAUCUAGUAUGCAUAGGACUGAUAGUCCACGAAGGUGCAUCUGUUUACCGAGUGUUUAAGCGCUGGAGAGCUGUGAAUCUGCACUGGGAUGUGUUAAAUUAUGAUAAAGCCACAGACAUAGAAGAGAGCAAUCGAGGAGAAUCCUCAGCAGGGAGGACAUUGUGGCUGCCACUGACUGCAUUUAGAAACAGAAGUUUAGUUCAUCCAACACAGUUAACCUCACCGAGAUUUCAGUGUGGCUAUGUGUUGUUACAGCUGUUCAACCGCAUGAGACCUCAGGAGGAUUCAGCAGAGGAUAACUGCUCUGGGGAAGUAGUGAUGAGAGUGACCUCAGUGUAAAGAUUGUGCUCACUGUGCUACACAGAUAAGGAUAAUGUGCCCUGGUGUUACAGGACUGUGGAAUGUAGUUAUGAUGAAUGGUGAAACCAUUAACACUUGAAAAAAUAUAUACAAUUCUUUUUUUUAAAUUUAAUGUUUUUUAUAUGAUCAGAUAAAACACAAAUACAUUUUUCUGGGGGAAAAAGUCUCUUGCUUUUUAUAUAGUCUGAUUUAUUGAAUCUUUUCUCAAUUUGUACCUGAGGUGUAUGUAACAUAGCUUAACUCUUAGGUCUUUGAAUGAUGAGGAAACUCAUUUUUAAGUAAAAAGAUAUAUUUAAAUGUAUUUUCUUAAACUCUGGCUUUAAUCCACUACUGUUAUUUUUUUCCACUUUCAUGAGGAUUAAACUGGACAACAUUCUUCCAAAAAGAAUGUUGACACAAGUAAAAUA